AUGCACUAUUUCAAAAGUAAUGGACCAUUACAGACGACCAACACUAGAAGUCUUUUGAUUCUUUUUGCGUUCGUCGUGGUUUUUGCACUUGGUUAUCUUCUCGGUUCAGGUUUGAGUGAUUCAAAGAAUAAAAUUCAUCUUCUAUUUUCGUCAAACAUACAAUUAAACCAAAACUUAUCGCGAAAACCUCAACAAUCGAUAAAUCCACGUUAUCCUGGAUAUAAUCUCACGCACCUCUGGUCAAUGCGUUUAGCUGAUGAAAAUUAUUUUCGUCUAGCAAAGCUUCUACCUUGCCGUACUGUAGAGUAUUCUGGUGGACCGAAAAUUGAUAAAAUUGAUACAUGUAAUCAUUCAGCAGAAAAUGAAUAUUCGAUACAAAAUACACUAGAAGCGCAAUCUUGGCUUUACAAACAUCAGCAUCCGAUAAACUGUACGGAUAAACGUUUCGCUAUUAUUCAAAAUUAUGCUUGGUCCGGUUUUGGAUCCACUGUUCAUCAAAUUGUAUGGGCAUUUGGUAUGGCAUUAGCAGAUAAUAGAAUUGCUGUGUAUCAAGUUCCAGGAAAUUGGCUGUAUGGAUCUUGUACAUCAAGUACUCCAGAUUGUGUUUUUCUUCCCAUAACUAAUUGUUCAAUUCCAUCUAAAGGCGCUGCUACUCAAAUAAUUCAAAUUAAUGCUAAUCGAGGUCAUUGGCCUACACCUAUUCUGCCAUUUAUAUUUCAAAAUCGAACUUUUAAUUGGUAUCGCACCCAAUUAUUAUUUUAUUUAAUGCGAUUUAAACCUGAAACAUUAACUCAUAUACAGAAUGUCAUAUCACAACAGUUUACGCCACCCUCAAUUGAUCUUCAUCAUCCAUAUAUUGCUUUAUAUGUGCGUCGAUCAGAUAAAGUUCGAAAUCGAGAAAUGUCUCAAGCGUAUGCAUUAAAACAAUAUUUUGAUUUAUUUGAUGCAGAUGCUCGCCGAGCGAAUAUAUCGACAGUUUAUAUAAAUUCAGAAGAUGAACAAGUAUUUAAUGAAUUUAUUCAAAUCAAUAAAGAAAAACAAGGUUAUUAUAAAUUAAUAAGUAUAAAACUGCAACGAAAUGUUGUCUUUGCAUCAUUAGUUCAUAUGGGAAGUGAACCACGGGGGAAAAUUGUAUUAGAAUUUCUUACUGAUUUAUUUAUUGAAGCAAAUGCAGAUUUACAUGCUGGUACAUUAACAUCGAAUUGGUGUCGAUUGGUUGAUGAAUUACGACUAGUAUUGGGAAAAACAAUACCUUUCUAUACACCUGAAAAUAGAUAUUUGAUGGAUAUGCGACGACGAAAAUGA